AUGCCACCACAAGAAAAGAAAUCUAGUCUCAAAGAUAUGAUUGGCAAGUUCAUCUCCACCUCCGACUCCAAAUUCCAAGCUUUGGACAAAUACAUUUCCGUCUCCGAGGAUCGAUUCCAAAACCUUGAAGCGGGCCAGCGACAUCUUCAAGCUUCUGUGCAUAAUUUGGAAACACAAGUUGGGCAAAUAGCCAAGCUACUUUCUGAGAGAAAUCAAGGCAGCCUGCCGAGCGACACCGAAAUCCAUCCGAAGCAGAAGCAACAUUUGAAGGCCAUCUCACUCCGGAGCGGCAAAAAGUUUCAACCGAGAAACUCCGCUCAAACCGAUAAAGAUACAAAUCCAGAAAAAGAUGCGGACACCACUCAGCCCCAAAAGCUCGUGGUGCCAGAAUACAAGCGAAAAUUCCAUUUCCAUCAUGAAUCCACAAGGAUCGCUUUGACGCACACUUCGGCAAAUUCUUGGACCUCCUGA